AUGUCCCCAGGGCUGUCCCUCACGUCCCGUGCUGUCCCCGCACUGUCCCCAGGGCUGUCCCCCUCUCCCGAGGCGUUCCGGGCCGAUCUCCACUCCAUGUGGUUCGGGCUCUACUCGCGCUCCGGUGGGAAGGCGCUGGAUUCCUCCGGCUUCGAGCACGUGUUCCACGGGGAGGUGAAGAAGGGCGAGGUGUCAGGGUGCCACAACUGGGUGCAGCUGCAGGCGCUGGAGCGAGCGGGGAGACUCGAGUACCUGGGCUACAGCUGGGACGGGCCCUGGACGGCCUUCCCGGACGUGCUGUCGCUGCGGUUCCGCUGGGACGGCCACGCCAAACCCCGGGGCUCGCUCCUGGUGGGCUCCAGCCCCGAGUUCGACCUGGCGCUCUUCACCCUCUGCUUCCUGGCACGCCCGGACCGCCGGUGUCACGUCAGCCUGGGGGGCGAAGCCGCCACCAUCCAGACCUACACCUGGGACAAGAAGCGCCUCUGUGGCCUCGGCGUACCCCCUGACCCCCUGAGCCCCCCAAAACACCCCUCUGACCCCCCCCCGCGAUCCCCCCGCAGCCCCCAAUAA